GCCAAGCUGGACGCCACGGCGUCGAACCAAAGCACCUCGGCCUCCGCCCCGCCCCCCUCAGAGCCUGGCGGCCCGCCUCCGGAACCCACCGUCGCCCCUGGCGUCCACGAGGAACAGUACGUGAGGGAGGCUGUCGCCCCCGACGACAACACCCUCGGCAGCAUCGCCUACAGAGAUGCGGGAACCAUCACGGACGUGUGUAACAGUACUGAUCUUCCAGAGGUCGAAAUCAUCAGUCUCCUGGAGGAGCAACUGCCCCACUACAAGUUGAGGGCGGAUACCAUCUAUGGCUAUGAUCACGACGACUGGCUCCACACGCCGCUCAUCUCCCCUGACGCUUGCGUCGACCUCACCACUGAGCAGAUCGAGGAGACCCUGAAGUACUUCCUUCUGUGUGCUGAACGAGUGGGCCAGAUGACUAAGACGUACAAUGACAUAGAUGCUGUUACACGACUGCUUGAGGAGAAAGAACGCGAUUUGGAGCUUGCAGCUCGCAUUGGCCAGUCACUGCUGAAGAAGAACAAAACCUUGAGCGAACGAAACGAAUAUCUCGAGGAGCAAGUCGAGCACAUCCGAGAAGAGGUAUCACAGCUGCGCCAUGAGCUCUCCAUGAAAGAUGAACUGCUCCAGUUCUAUACCAGCGCAGCAGAAGAAAGCGAAGGGGACUCUGCCACCUCCACACCGAUACACCGAAAUGAGUCCUUGUCCACAGUGCCAAACUAUUUCCCCUUGGAUUCCCUGCAAAAGAAGCUCAAAGACCUCGAAGAAGAGAACAUUGUCCUGAGAUCAGAGGCCUGUCACCUGGAGACGGAGACGAUAUCGUAUGAGGAGAAGGAGCAGCAGCUGGUGAACGACUGUGUCAAGGAGCUCAGAGAUGCCAACCUCCAGAUCUCAUCCAUCGCCGAGGAGCUGGCCAAGAAGACCGAGGAUGCAUCUCGGCAACAGGAGGAGAUCACACACCUCCUGUCCCAGAUUGUGGACCUGCAGAAGAAAACCAAAUGUUACGCAGUGGAAAAUGAAGAACUCACCCAGCACUUGGCAGCUGCGAAAGAUGCGCAACGUCAGCUGACUGCCGAGUUACGGGAGCUGGAAGACAAGUAUGCCGAGUGCAUGGAAAUGCUCCACGAGGCUCAGGAAGAGUUGAAGAACCUGCGGAAUAAGACACUGCCUCUGAGCACGCCACGCCGCUUCCACUCAUUGGGCCUCUUCCCCAUGGACUCUUUAGCAGCAGAAAUCGAAGGCACUAUGAGGAAGGAACUACAGAUGGAGGACCCAGAAGUUGAGGAGCAGAAGAUGCACCACAGGCGUGUCUUUGAGACAGUGAAGAACAUCAACCAGACAGUACGACAGCGCUUCCUGGGACCUUCACCCAUGAACAUCCCUGGCUCCAACCAGUCGUCUAGCUUCAACUCGGUGCGCUCCAGCUGCACGAGCACACCGCGAUCCAGCCUGUAUGCUGGGGACGUGAGCAGCAUCGUUCUUGACAACCGUACCGGGAGCAUCAUACUGGAGACGGAGUCACCUGAGGGCGGGCUCGACACCAACAAGAAGCCUGGCACGCCUGGCACACCAGGCUCUCGGGAUCUGGAGCUGGCGCUGCGGAGGCUCUCGCUGCGCCGCGAGAACUACCUGAGCGAGCGGCGCUUCUUCGAGGAGGAGCGGGAACGCAAGCUGCGUGAGCUGGCAGGCGGUAGCAGCAGCGACGGGAGGGAGUCGCGCAGCGGCAGCCUGACACCUACUGACAGCGUCAUGUCCCUGGGAACGCAUCACUCGGGCUUGUCGGUCUACUCCUUCGGCAGCCGCUCCUACCUCCCUGAAAAGUUGCAGAUCGUCAAGCCGCUGGAAGGCUCGGUUACCUUGCACCAAUGGCAGCAGCUGGCUCAACCCCACCUGGGGGGCAUCCUGGACUCGCGGCCGGGUGUGGUCACCAAGGGCUUCCGGCCACUGGAGAUGGACCUGGAGGAGGUCUACCAGUUCACAGACAUUGAGGAGGACGAGCCAGGUGACCUUUCUUUCCCAAGCCUUUCUACCUCAAACCCUGGCCGCACCUCCUCGCCACGCUCCUGCAACAGCAACCACGUUCCCAACGGUGCUGAUGUUGAUGAGGACGACACCACCACCGUUGCCUCCUCUGGCGGUGACCCUGAGGCCCUAGGUGAGAGGCCCGUCCCUGGGAACCCACCUCCGGCCCUGUCCAGAGCCCAGGAGCCCCCGGAGCUGCAGGCUGCUGUGCGUUUCCCUGGUAAAUGCAUGUCCCACACGAGUUCCACCUACACGUUCACCACGUGUCGCAUCCUGCACCCCUCGGACGAGCUGACCCGAGUGACGCCCAGCCUGAACCCUGGCCCCAUGGCCACGUGUGUCAUGACCAACAGCAUCAAGUCCACACCGAGCUCCACCCCAUGCACUCCACGCCGUCUCAGCCUGGCUGAGUCCUUCACCAACCUCAGAGACUCUACCAAGACCACGAGCACCUCCCUGGGUCUGGUGCGUCUCCUGCAGGAGCGGGGCAUCUCGGCAGCCGUCUACAACCCGCAGAGCUGGGACCGGGCAGAUGCCGGCGGUCUGCCUGCGGAGGGAGCUGCCAGGUCGCUGGAAAUCCUCCCGUCCACGCCUCCCAACUCGCCCACCAGCCAACCCCAGGCCUCACCUGCCACCCCCACAGGCUCCUUCGAGUUCCGCAGCUCCUGUACUCCCUAUGAGAACUUCCUGGUCUCCCGGCCGGCCAGCUCCAUCCUGAAAGAGGUGCAGGCGGAGGCUGGGGGCCGCUCGGACGGCGAGAGCCAGACUGACGUCAGUGUGCACAACCUGAAGCUCGUGGACAAGCUGAAGCGCUUCAGUGUGGCCCCACCGGACGGCUCCGGUGCCGCAGGCUCCGCUCCCAUACUGGAGCUCCGCCGACACGGCCCUCCCUUCGGACCACCUGCGGUGACCAGUGCCAUCGGCGGCCUGCCUGCCAUCAAUGCCGGCAUCCGCCGUAAUCGCAGCUACCCGGCCAUGGUGGGGGCCAGCAUGGCGAUGAAGGGCCCGGGGCCUCAGAGUCCCAACCUGCUUCUAGAUGCCAAGCUGCCUAAACAGACUGGCCUCCAAUGACAGACAGGGGCUGCUUGCUGUUCACCUUCCCCUACGUGUACAGACUAGUUAGUCCAUCGACAAAUCAACGACGUGCCUCAAAGUGAAUCCCUUUGUACAGCUUUUUUUUUUUCUUUGUAUAAAACUUUCACUCACGCAGUGUACAGUACCAUGUUUUGUCCAAAUUUGUGUUCUUUCCUUUGAACUUGUAAAUUUACAAGACUUUUUUUGGAGGUGCUCUUGAGGUGUGCUCCAGAAUACUGUAAGCAACAUGGUUCUGUAGCAGAACCUCCAGCAGGGGGCGUCACGAGAUUAGGUGAAUGCCUGUUAAAAAGCACUUUUGUUCCCAGGGCUUGUCCUGUAGAGACGCUUGUGUAUUCUGUUUCAUUCCUUGGGGAAAAGGCUCUCCUCCUCACCCACCGCAGCUGUGUCCUACAUCACUGUGCACUGAUCUUUGCAACCAAUGAGCAACAAGCACUGGGACAAUGAAUGAAUGGUUAAUGCACCUUAAUGUGACUCUAGGGGUUAGGCCAUGCAGUAACAGUCCAGGCUAAGGUAUCAUUUCUGAUAUGCACACUUUUUUUUUUUUUUUUUAAGCAGACCUUAGGUUUGUCACCCUGUGUCGUGAUGCUCACCCAAAGCUGUGUCCAAAUGGAGCAGGAAAGUUUGCGGUGGAUGAAUAAGGUUUGAACUGAAACACAAGCUGCUUUUU